GCCCCGGGGCCGCGGUGAGGGGAGGGCGCGCAGAGCAGGCAAGGGGGCCGUGUUGACAGAAGGCGGGGACAGCAGUGCGACGAGGGCGUAGAGCCGGGAAUCCCGGCGGAGAGCGUGGCCAAGGAGCAGAGUCCCGGCCAGAGAGAGACAGCGAGAGAGGGAACACAAGCAGGGGGAGUGGGAGAGGGAGAAGCAGGCUUCCCGUGGAGCGGGGAGCCCCACGUGGGGCUCGAUCCCAGGACCUUGGGAUCAUGACCUGAGCCGAAGGCAGACGUUUAACGACUGAGCCACCCAGGCGCCCCAAGAUUCACACUCUUCUUAGCAGACACUGGAAACCACAUUGCUGAUUUUGCUGGGUGACCUCAGAUUGCCAGGAUCUCCACUUAGGGCACUGGGAAUCUUCUUCUACUCUGGAACACUGGGCAGGAGCUUUGCCAUUGGCUGGCCAAGAAGGAGGAGGCAGAAUGUCUGCAUUGUUACACCAUAGAGUUCAAACUUCAAAAGACUUUGGGUUAAACAGUAUCAUUUACUCUGCAAAUGAUUAUAUCUUUGCCUGUCCUCUAUGAUCAUCACAAAUGAAACACCUUUCAGGUCUUACGAAUUCAGGUUACACUGUUUUCCAGAUGCUCUGGCAGCUGAUUCAGGGCCUUUGAAAAAUGGAACCCAACUCUCUGAGGACUAAAGUCCCAGCUUUCUUGUCUGAUUUGGGGAAGGCCACAUUGAGGGGAAUCAGAAAGUGUCCCCGAUGCGGCACAUACAAUGGAACCCGGGGACUGAGCUGCAAGAACAAGACAUGUGGAACCAUAUUCCGCUACGGGGCACGGAAGCAGCCCAGUGUUGAAGCUGUCAAAAUCAUCACAGGCUCCGAUCUGCAGGUUUACUCAGUGCGGCAAAGAGACCGGGGCCCCGAUCACCGAUGCUUUGUGGAGCUAGGCGUGUCAGAGACGACAAUCCAGACGGUGGACGGGACAAUCAUCACUCAGCUGAGCUCCGGACGGUGUCAUGUCCCCUCAUGCCUGAAAGCUGCCACCCAGGGCGUAGUGGAAAAUCAGUGCCAGCACAUCAAGCUGGCGGUGAACUGCCAGGCAGAAGCCACCCCUCUGACUCUGAAAAGCUCGGUCCUGAAUGCAAUGCAGGCCUCCCCAGAAACCAAGCAAACCAUCUGGCAACUGGCCACGGAACCCACAGGUCCCCUCGUACAGAGGAUUACUAAAAACAUCCUGGUGGUGAAAUGCAAGGCGAGCCAGAAGCACAGUUUGGGGUAUUUGCAUACAUCCUUUGUGCAGAAAAUCAGUGCCAAAAGCUUGCCCGAGCGCCGGUUCUUCUGCUCCUGCCAGGCUCUGAAAUCUCACAAGUCGAACGCCUCCAAGGAUGAGGUGGCCCAGAGAUGUAUUCAUUUCUUUGCUUGCAUCUGUGCCUUUGCCAGUGAUGAGACAUUGGCCCAGGAAUUCUCAGACUUCCUAAAUUUUGAUUCCAGCGGUCUUAAAGAGGUUAUUGUGCCCCAGUUAGGUUGCCAUUCAGAAUCAACAGUAACAGCUUGUGAGUCUACUGCCUCUAAGCCAAAGAAGAGGAAGAAGGAGGAAGUACCUGGUGCACAGACGAACAGUUCACUACUGUCUCAGGAUGCAGUGAGCAGUCAUCUAAGGAAAGGUGGCCUGAAAAAACCUGUGGUUGCUUCUUCAUUAAAAAGGCAGGCCUCCGGUCAGCUGUUGGAUGAGGCACAAGUGACCUUAUCCUUCCAAGACUGGCUGGCCAGCGUCACAGAACGCAUCCAUCAAACCAUGCACUAUCAGUUUGAUGGCAAACCAGAGCCACUGGUGUUCCACAUUCCUCAGUCCUUUUUCGAUGCCCUGCAACAAAGAAUAUCUAUAGGAAGUGCAAAGAAACGGCUUCCCAACUCCACAACAGCUUUUGUUCGGAAAGAUGCCUUGCCACUGGGAACCUUUUCCAAGUAUACCUGGCAUAUCACUAAUAUCCUGCAAGUUAAACAAAUCUUAGAUACCCCAGAGAUGCCCUUGGAAAUCACUCGGAGUUUUAUCCAGAACCGGGAUGGGACUUAUGAGCUGUUUAAAUGCCCUAAAGUGGAAGUAGAGAGCAUAGCAGAAACCUAUGGUCGUAUAGAAAAGCAACCUGUGUUGCGACCCUUGGAACUAAAAACCUUUCUCAAAGUUGGCAACACUUCCCCAGAUCAAAAGGAGCCAACACCUUUCAUCAUUGAGUGGAUCCCAGAUAUCCUUCCCCAAUCCAAGAUUGGCGAGCUGCGGAUCAAGUUUGAGUAUGGUCACCACCGAAAUGGGCAUGUUGCAGAGUACCAAGACCAGCGGCCGCCACUGGACCAGCCCUUGGAACUGGCCCCUCUGACCACCAUCACUUUCCCUUGAGGCAAAAUGAAACCGUCUUUUGCUGCUAAAUUUGCACAUCCCCACCCCUUGACAAUUUUAAAUACCUAGUUAGGCAUUUAGAUGGCCCUGUUCCUUAGUGAACUGCUCUUAGUUAAGAUACAAGUUCUCGGCACAUUCGAGUGGAUUCUUUUGAAGAAAAACUCUUCUUGUAAAUGGCCUUUUUGGUGCUGCUGUGUAUAGUCUUCAUUAUAAAUUAGGUGAUAUUUCUAGCUAGAAUUUUUAAAGAACAAAAAGGAAACCAGCUCACUUUCCUUCUUCAAGGACUCCCAUUUAGAGUUUGUUUCAACCUUUUUCUAAUGCUCUAAGAAGUAAGCAGCACUCCGCCUUACACCAACACUGUUGGAAAGUUACUAAUACCCUGGUUAGGGCAGAAUGUUAAGGACCAUCCUGAGAGAGUUCCAGUCAUGCCCUUUUAUCCUGUUCUCAAAUAAAGCACAGUGUCACUAGUUUUUCCAAAGUGUAUAUCAUAUUGGCCUGAUGAUAAAAUUAUAAACCUUUGGGGAGAUUUAAGUAAUAGUGAAAUAAGAAAAUGUCAAGGGAAUAUUGACAUUUCAAACUAAUGCUUCGAGUUGCUUAUUUCAUUGAUACUUAUUUCCUUCUCUAGUCUCAAAAAAGUUUAACAGUAAGAUUCAAUUCCUAUUGCUGAGUUCAUUGAUCACAGAAUGGAGAUAUUGAAAGAGAACUGGAAGCCUGUGUUCAGGGAGAAAAGAAGGGAAUGACCAUAUCCUAUAUGCCUUACUAUGUCCCAGGCACUCUCAUAUACGUUCCCAAUCAUUUGUCUCAUUUAGUCCUCAUUAUUCUUUGAAUUUAGGCAUUACCCCUUCUUUUAAGUUAAAGAGACAGCCUCUCUGAGGUUAGCUUGCUGGAAACAGCAUUAAAAAUAAUGUUUCAUUUUACUGCAAAGGACAUGUUCUUUCUACUUUAUCAUGUUGCUUUGAUAUAAAUUCCUUGUAAUUCAUUAUCCUUGGGAACACAAGAAAAAUCCAUAUAAAGGAGGCUCUUGGUUUUCUUUUGACGGCAAGUAACAAAACCCCAACUCUAACCAGCUCAGGCAAAAAUGGGAAUGAAUGACUGGUUCAUGGACUCUAAAAUAGGGCUGGACAGCUGUCGUGUGGUGGCACUGGGAUGUGACUAGGCCUCAGGAACCCUGGAGCCCUUGCCCAUGUGACCCAUCACUGUCUCUCCUGGGGUUUCACUCACUCUCAGCACCGAGCAGCUCCCUCUGGCCAGAAUUCUGACUCCUCUGAGGUGCCUGAAAGUGUGACUUCUCCUUCCACACUAGAGCAGGACUGACUGCUCUGCUCUGUCUCUCAUCCAAAGGGCAAAGACCCAGAGGAAAGACUCUAAUAGGCAUUUUUGCUAAAACGGGGAGCUGGGCCCCUAAGGUGGGGGGGGUAGGCAAAUUAAGUGUCUAUCCUGUGUGAUUGAGGGGCUAGUGUGUGUGGAGCACUCACAAUGCUUUAGGCAGUGGUGGAAUUCCUUGAAGAGACUCCAGAGAGGUCCACAGAGAACUUAGAACUUGCACUGGGCUUUAAAGGAGAAAGGGUUUGCAUAGAUAGAAAGAGGAGAAAUUAAAAUUAGGUGAAACAGAGCCUGCCUGAAAAGGAAGAACACCUAAGGAAACAUAGUGGUUGGCCCAUUCAAGAAACCCUUCAACCUGAGUGCUUUGAGGACGAUAGUCACAGCUUUUGGACCAAGACAGAUCGGUGAGUGACAAGCAAUGCCUGGGUCUAGCAGUACUUGACUACAGCCACAAGGACGAGAAGCACAAUCAAGGCCAUAAAACACAUGGCUGGGACAAAUGAUCCACCCAAAGAGGUGCACACUCAAGUGCUAAGGUCUUCACCCAGGACCACCCCAGCCCACCAUCACAGCCCAUCAAAAUCUGGAAUAGGGUUCAGAGUUACGGUGACUCUGUUUUAUAACUUGACAUCCUCUCUAACAGGUCAAGCAUGGGCCUAGGAGUACCAACCAAUGGGACUGCUGCACCCACUCUCAACAUCCAGACACCUCUGGGACACCACCAGUAUUGACCUCAUUUCAGACUUACCCCACACUACCACUACGGAGUGAUCCUAGAUACUUCCACCAGGAAAGGGCUCUUCAAACCCCGCACCCACCUGCCUCCCUACCCAUCCACACUUGCACCUGCUAUCCAUUGUACACCUCCAUUAGUCAUAGGAAUCUCCCAUCCCUGGGAGAUGGCUGUUCAGCUGCUGCCUUUCAACAUUGCAGCCACCAUUUGUAUUCUGGAAUGAACAGCUCAAAAUCCUCCAUGUUCGCAUAGCCACCUGUUUACUGCACAGACUGAUCAUCCUUAGACUGAGUAAAUUAAAAGGUCUAAGAGGGAUGCUGCCUUAACUUCCCCAGACAACGUGGCUGCACCCCUAAUGUGGGCACCAUGAAAACAACUUGCUACUCAUCCGCCUGGAACACUUUGGUUCUAACCUGUCUUGUCCCUGCUUCUACUAGAACUGCUGUCAUCUUAGCAGCUUGCUAGCUUAGAGGAGUAGUAAUAGGCCACUCAGAGACCUGAAAAUCUGACUCCAAGAACCACCCACCUGAGCGAAAGUCUGUAGGCCUGCCACCUGGCUCUCUCAAGGUACCAGAUGUCAUCAGCCCUGUGGCCUUCUCGGCCCAGCAAUUUCCAGUCACAGAAGUCCAUCCUGUCUUUCACGGAUUCCUGUUAUGUCCGGUCUGCCAAUAACCUGUGCUUCCCUCCAGCCCACAUGUGCACACACAUGCACACACACCACACACACUCCAGCCCCCUGCAUGAGUAGGUGGCCCCUAGCUCUGGCCACUUACAGAAUGCAACCUCUGUAUGUCAAAUAAGAGGCACUGUUCUGUCAGCGUCUGGUUCCCCCCUGUCAGGGCCCAGAACUUGCCCUCUGCUAGAAUAACCCAAGGAAAUCCCACUGUAUCUGCUGAAGGUGAGAGAAUGGGCAGGGAUUGCUCUCCUCCAGCACUUUGAAUGACCUGGACCCUCUCAAGUAUGUGUCACAUAUAACACAGAAAAGCCAACCACAGAGAAAAACCUUACCCAUUAACCUAUUUCUCUUUUUUUAUCUCCCAGAUUCUGAUUUCCUAGUUUUCUUCCUUUGCAUUUUG